AUAUUCCCGCCCCCUGAACCUUAAAUCGGAGUCUCUGACCCCGCUCUAGCCUGAGCUCGACUCUCCGCCCCCAGCGAUCACUGUAGUCAUUAGGUAAGCUCCAACCCGUUUUUUGUGUGGGUGUUUGGUUUUUUCAUUUCAAAUCAGAGAAACCCUCUUUUGAUGUUUUGUUUUUCAUUUCAAAUGAGAGACUUUUUUAACCCCCUUCCACCUCUCUCUCCGGCACCGGCCAUUGCUCCAGCACCGGUGAUUGCUCUAGCACCAGUGUUUGGUUGAGCACUGGUUUCUUGAAGUAUGCUUAGUUUUUUCUUCAUAGAGCACUGGUUUCUUGAAAUGAAAAACACCCACAUAAAAAAUGAGGGUUGGAGCGUGCCUGAUGACGGUGGCUGGAGCGAUUGCCGGUGCCGAAGAUGGGGGGCGGAGAUCCGAGCUCGGGUUAGAACCGAGGUCAGAGACUCCGAUUUGAGGUUAGGGGGCGGGAAUUGUGUGGGGCGAGGCGCGGUGGGUCGGAGAUGCGAACUCCCUUUCUCCUCCCUGAAAAUUGACAUUCCUUCUACCGAGAUUUGGUUUAACAGUUUAAGUUUCAAAGUUUCAUGCGGAUCUGCUGAGCACAAACGCUAGCCACUUAAAUGUUCACAUAACCCCACAGCCGCACAUUGGGAAGAUCUUGCCGGUGAAUGACAAUAAAUGUGUUUACGCUUUACAGUACACAGCGUUUAGUCAAAAAAUAAAAAAUUCGGGGCUGCUCGUUACGUAGAUCCAAGUCUGACCCACACAACACAACAUGAACAAAAACUCCUCAAUCGGUCAAUCCUCAUCUUCAUCUUCAUGUAACAUAAACAGCGCCAUAGUCCCUCCAUACGCUCUCUGCCCGUUACCGUUACCCGUUAUAGCUGUUAGUAAAUUUUUGAAGUUUCCCGCAAUUAAAUUCUACUUCUUUUUUUUUGUUUUUUGUUUCGCGGGAAUAAUGACAACAUGUGGAAGCCAUGGUGGCGGAAUCCAAAGAAUAUUUUCAAUUUUCAACCACCAGAAAGAAAGCGAACUUCUCGUUGGGUCGGUUUACUUGUUGAGGAGUUGUUUUGCUUUCUCAGUUCUCUCCAGCUCUUCCUUCAUUCCUCGUCGUCACCUCACCGCCACAGAGAAGUCCACCCCAGAUACUGAAAUUAAUGGAGAAAUUAUCAACAGAUCUGUCUCUUAAAAUCUUUUUCUUCUUAGAUCACCAAAAUCUUGCAACCGCCAAACAAGUUUGCAGGAAAUGGAGGGUCUUAGCCUCGGACAAUAUUCUGUGGCGCAACCUGUUCAAAGAGAGAUGGGGAGGAGAUCAUGCUGCAUUCUAUGCUCCAACAGAUUCCAAAUUAUGGAAAGAUGUCUAUGAAGUGCAAGAUCGUUGUGAACGUGUUGGAUUGGGAUUGAAAUUCGUUAGAGAAGGUGAUGACUAUUAUCUUGUUCACCAAGGAGAAAUUCAACGCCAUUUGGGUUCUAGGAAGAGCAGAAAAGGGGCAACUGGUAACUCCAAUUUAAAAAGAGAAUUCAUUGGGGAAAUACCCUCAGGAGCAGAGGAGCCUUGCUUAGGUAUUCUGGACAAAAUCCUGUUUUUCAUUGGUGACUUGGAAGUUGCCUCAAGAGAUAUAAAAAGGACUCGGUUGCUGUGACUGGUCUUGGACAUGCUUGAUUACACAGAUUCUGAAUGUAACUUUUGUAUAAAUCAAGGAAGAAAUCUCUCCAAGAAUAUCUCAAUUAUGCAAGCCGUGCUAUAUUAUUGUAGAUAUGUACUACUGAUAAUAAUAUGCUAUUAGAUCUGUAUGGAUUUUUGUUCUGUUUGUUUUGACGGGAAGUUUCUUAUGCUUCCAUGUUGAUGUUAUUGGAUCUGUAUAACAGUUUUCCACUAACAAUUCCAUGCUAGCACCAAAGGAAGAGAAUCCAAAAAGAAAACAACUAUUGGUCUGUUGGAUUGGUUCAGAA